AGCUGUCAUUUGAACAAGUGAAUUGUGUUCGUUCCGUUAUCUGAACGCUGACAAACACGAAAGCAUUUAAAUUUCUAAUAUAUUUUAACACAAUAAUAUACUCAAUAUAGACAAGAUACAGCAAAAUCAUGUCGAACACAUCGAUACGUCCAAUACCAACAUUGAGAGGCAUGUUUACGGUGCCGCGUCCAACACCGGGACGUAAUUUUCUAAAGGAAAACAAAAAGACUUUGCGCUCUCUGGAAAAGGCGACAGCUGAGAAACUCGCAGCCAAGGAACCAGUGCGCCCGAAAUGGAUGCCUCCAUUGCGUCGCGCUGCAUCUGAGUCGCAUGAGCCAUGCCAGAAGCACUGCCACGCCGAGAACUUCUUGGUGACCAGACAAAAUGACGACGAAUCGUCCAAUAUGCUACGGAACCGCAACAAUUCGCGUUCACAGCACAGCCUGCAAAUUCCAGUGGCAGAAGAACCUUCCGGAGAUUAUGCACGAUCUGUGAAGCGAGAGGCACAAAAGGUUCUUAUUGCACCAGAGGUUACAGUUAAACAGUCGGAGCGUUGUCUCUCGUGUGGCAGUGGACGCAGCUCCACAAGCAUUGGCAUACAGACCGAGGAUAUCAUGGACGAACUCUAUUUGACCAAUGCAUUAAAAAAAGUGAAUGCAACUUUGACGGAAAGACAAUGUUUAGCGAAGGGGGGGAUUAAUGCAGCUGACGAUGACUAUGAUGGCAAUUACAGGGGUAUAGGCUAUGGCCAGUACGAUGAGGAUGAUCAGCCAUUGUCUGGCCGUUCCAAUGCUAAAUAUAACCAAUUGAAUAUUGAUGACAACGAGGCUAUCAUGCCCAUGCCAGAGCUACAUAACUUGGCUCUUGACAACAAUGACAACGAGGAGCUGCCGUUAAGUGGACGCAGUCGUGCCACAAUUGGCAGCAUGGCUUCGACCGCCACCACAAAAUCAAAGCGUCGCGAACACAAAUUGGGCUCACGUGAUGAUCUGCGACUUCCUCGUUAUUUGGAAAAAGAAAAGCGUGAUAAGGCUGAAGCUAGAGAGCGCCAUGAGGCACGCGAUCCAGAUUGUCCCCGUGGUCAUGUGUUGCUCAGUGAAGCAGAUCGCUUGGCGGCUCUGGCUAAAGCCAAGCAACGCUUUGAUUUGCUGAUUAAUGAACUGAACCACAUGCCAAUGACAGCUCAAACAUUGCGUGUGCGUUCGCGUAAGGCUGAGAUUGAUAAGGAGCUCACUCUUGUCGAAGAUGAUAUACGCAUCUAUUCCAAGGAGAAAGUUUAUGUGAAGGCAAAUAAAUCGCGAAAUCUUUAAUAUGUUAGUCUAUGGCACGUUAGCAGUGAAAAACAAAAACUACAAUGUAAUUUAAAUGAAUUUGAAGAAUUGGAACAGCAACUAGUCUUUCCUUCUGUUAAGUAUUUAUAUAUUUUCAUUAUAUGAGCAAAGAACAAUCUAUAAAAAGGUGCGCUCUAGCAAAGACAAUUUAAAACACCACAAAAAAACAGUUUCAGAGCAUAUUAAAAAAUGUCGCAUUUGACCAACAAAAUA